AUGGCGCUAAAAUGUGCUGGUUGUCUCCAAAACAUUACGAAUAGACAAUACCUUACAUGCAGUCAGUGCAAAGAUAAGUACGACCUGCAAUGCGCAAAUGUUUCAAUACAAAGAUUUUUUAACACAAUGUCUGCAGAGCACAAAGCAGUAUGGAGAUGCGAUAGAUGCCGUCUUAAAGAACCUAAAAAGGAUAAUUCAAACACACCUAUUCGCCCGCACCAUGAUAUUUUGACCUCACCUGAAACGAAUACAAGCCCAGUCAAUAAUAUCACAUUAAGAAAUAGAACAACUAAGAUACGUCUCAACGACGAUACACAAAGCAGCUUAGAAGAUUUGAGUGUUUUAGACAAUACAAUUAACACUGAAAAUAGUACUUCAAAGCCGAACAAAGACAUUCUUAAAGAACCCUCUAUCCAAACCAUUACAUUGCACCAAUUUGAAACCCUUCUGGAUCAGAAGUUAGAUACUUAUAAACAAUCGCUACUGAGUGACUUGAUGGAAAAUAUCAACUCGUUGAUCUCCAAAAAUAUAGCUUCUUUAAAGCACGAACUUUCACAAACAACGAAUAAUUUAAUCUCGGAACAGAUCACUUUGAAAGAAAAUAUCGCCUGUUUAAAUCAUAAAAUACUAGAAUUGGAAAAUGGAAGUUGUAAAUUAAGAGAAGAAAUGAAAGAAAUUCAGAAUAGCUUGAACUCAAUAAAUACUCAAGAACAUGAAAGAUCUUUAAGCAGUAAAGACCAAAAUGCCAACAAAAAGAUCGUGAUCUACGGGCUAGACGAAAACGCAUGGGAAACCGAAAUCGAGUUACUUGACAGAGUUACAUACAUUUUCCAUGACGUACUAAAUAUCAACGUGUCUGGUUACCUAGAAAAUGUGAGAAGAAUAGGAAACAGAAAUGGUCGUCGUAGACCGUUACUAGUGGAAUUUAUGAAGAGGCAGCCUCCUCCCGCUGCAGUUCAGGUUUCGGAACAAAAACUUCAACUGCAGCCUGAUAGCGAAGUGGUAGGCAUUGAGAAUAGAGUAGAGCAGAAUUCCUUGCUGGGACCAGUAGUACCUUACAAAUACAGCUACCGCAUGUCCAGACUGUUAAAGAUUUUAUGCAAAGUACAAAGCCUGUCCCUCCACGGCGUGCGGAAAUGUUAG